UUAUUAGCGCGCCUCUCACGGACACAGAAAGUAACUCAUCAGUGCCCCCUGAGGAUAUCAUCAUGGUGUCUGCGACAAGCGUACUGGGUGCCGUUUUCUGCGUGACCUUAAGAAUAAAUACCGCGGUCUCAAGCCACGAAAACUGCGGAAGCUGGAUGUUUCCGGCGCUGAGGAAGAUGUUCACCGACCUGCCAGAGCCGCAAGUCAUCUCGAACAACCGUUCCAUCGAGCUGAUUCCGGGUGAAUUUUAUCUGAACAACAUCAAGCUAGCGGGCCUCAAGUACUUACAAUCGGGCUUGUAUGACUGUAAGGGCAGUGACGCCCUCUUCGAACUGAAGAAUCCGAUGCCCCUGAGACUGUCUGCCAAGUGGAGAUCAAGUUCAGGAACGAGCGGAGACCUAUCCACGAGUCUGAACGAUGUCCUAGUCAGGGGAGUUUUAGAAACAAACUCGACGGGAGACGAAGGGAACAAGUUUCGCCACUUGUCGAGCUCAUUCCGAUCGCUGGGGAGAGUCAGCGUCGAGCUGGAAGGACUGGGAGGUGCGAUGGACGCCUUUUUCUCCGUUUUGGGAUCGGACCUCGAAGCACCCGCCAAGACCUUCUGGGCGGUUCUGCUUAAAGCGCAGAUAAAACGUAUCUUGGGAGGUGUCCCCCCUGUACCGGAGUGAUGUUAGUGAUACAGUGAAAUUGUGUUUGACAAAGUGUUUUACAAAGUUUUGCAACGACCCGAUUGAGUUGAACAAGUACCGUGGUCACACUGGUAAUACAGCGUGCAAAAAACAGCCUGGCUUGAGAG